AUGUUCUCGAUUGUAGUCACCUACUUGGCGGACAGGCAGAUCUCAGUCCGAUUAGGGCAGUCUUUCUGGUCCCAUGGGCCGGCCCUAUCUUCCAAGUUCACGGCCAAAGACUUUCCGAGUCUAAAGCCUGUGGCUGGACGUAGUACCGACGACUACGCAUCAGUUCUGCAUGCGCACUUGGAUUUGAUGCAGAUACUUCACAACGCCCACUCGAUACUAUCCUCGGCCAAUGAAAGAACGCAGUCAAUGAUUAACGAGGGCGAUUAUCCGCGCUACUCGGAUGACCUGAUGGAAGCAGCAACGGCAUGGAACACCAAUUGGGGAAACCUCCAAGUUUCUCUGAAACUGAAGUCUACGCUCCGUAUUUCGCACGAAUAUCUCUGUUUGUAUAUUAACGCAUUUUCUUUCCAUGCCGUGGUGACGCCGCAAUGCGAUUCAAAACUGACUGAACCUGGAAGCUACGGACUCUAUGCCGCAGUGUUCCUAUACAAGACCCUCAAUGCAGGGGCUGUUCGGGGCCAUUCUCAACAGAACCAAGUGGAAGGCCUAUCGCAAGCCUUCAUAUUGACCCUGGACGAAGUAGCCUCAACCGAACCGCACAUCUGCCUUGGAUAUAGCGUUCUACUGAGGGAGCUUUGGCAGCAAGAAAGCGGCCCGCAGGUGGAAUCGGGCCCAGAAGUCCAACGUGACCAAGGAACUCAUAGAGAUCAUUCGAGUUCAGCAGAAGACACCAUCCUCGUUGAUCCAUCGACGUGGAGCAACGAGGAAGGCUCUCAGACUACAUUGCAAGGCAUAGACCGAGUGAACCAGCCUCUCGCCGGGGCGAGUUCCAGCUCGGCGGAGGCUGACAUAGGCACUCAGGACCUCCUAUCCUUGGAAAACUACUUGUUCAAGUCUAUGUGGACCGAAUUGGCUAACCCAGAGCAUCAAGGGGACUUCUAUGACUUGGAAGGAGGGCUACUAGGUUUCGAUAUGGAUCCUUUGAGCGGGUUAGAACCGCUCUAG